AUGAUUAUAUCAGACUUAACGAAGAUUAGUGAUAAUCAAGGUUCAAGUUGCGGUGAUUCGUCUAAUGUUUGUGUUAGUAUUCCUGUUUCUUCAACAGAAAGCGAAAAAUCAGUGACGAAUUGCAUUGUAUCUCCUGGUGGUAUGAAGUAUUUUAUGCCUAUUUCUGUUGAUGGAAGUCAAGUACCGUUUCAAAAUCAGUCAUUUGAUAGCUUAGAUAAGGCGUACAACUUUUACAGAGAGUAUGGGAGGCUAGGGGGUUUUGAUGUACGAAAAACAACGGAGAAGAGAGAUGCUGAUGGUACCAUAAUUUUGAAACAUUUUGUGUGUAGUAAGGAAGGUUUUGUUGAUGGAAGUCAUUCUGAAGGAAUUAGGCAAAGACGUACUGUGUCACGGAGGUGUGGAUGUAAAGCAAAAGUGGUCAUGAAAAUUAGGAGCCAGAACAGAUAUUAUAUUUUCAAUUUUGUUGAACUUCACAACCAUCCGCUUGCUAGUGAAAGUGGUAGACAGUUUCUGAGGUCUAGUAGAGAGAUGACAGUUAGUUUGCGAAAUUUUGUUUUUGAUGCUGCGAAGGUAAAUAUCGGCUGCAGCAAGGCAUUUAGCUUGGUCAAAGAGAUGACAGGUGGAUAUAGUAAUGUUGGGGCAACAUUACGUGAUUUCAGGAAUUUUAAUAGGGAUUUAAAAGAAUUUGUCGGUGAAAGGGAUGGACAGAUGCUGAUUGACAAGUUUAAAGUAUUACAGGAGACAUCAAAAUCAUUUUAUUUUGCUUAUGAACUUGAUGGUGACGGGCAUUUGACUAUGCUUUUCUGGGCUGAUCCAACUAGUAGGAGGAACUUUGAAAUAUACGGCGAUGCUGUGUCAUUUGAUGCCACUUUUGAUACUAACAAGUAUAAUAUGAUUUUUGCGCCUUUCACUGGUGUUGACAAACAUGAUAGAUGUGUCACAUUUGCUGCUUGUUUGUUAUCAAAAGAAGAUGUUGCUCAUUAUAAUUGGGCCUUUAAACAUUUUGUCAAGGCCAUGGGACGCAAUCCAGUGGUGUUUAUAACUGAUCAGUGCCCUGCAAUGAAGGUAUCUGUGCCGGCUUCAUUUUGUGGUGAUAAUGAUUUGGUUGCUAGCAAGCAUCGCCUAUUUUUGGAUACGUUUUGA